ACUCACAAGAAAAAGGGGAUUCAGGAAAGCUCCUUUGCGCCGCGCUGAGCGUAUUUAUAGCAUCUCAUAUUUGGCUCAUCUGGAUUUUUUUUUAUUAUAAUCACGUGACCAAUUUAUUCCACUGUCGGACAAACUUAAUUCUAACUUUCGCUUCCAAUCUCUAUAAUUACUAUUACUAUUUAAAACGCUUCUGCACCCCGUUCUCCCCAUCCGAUCCCAGCCAAUCUGCAUCGACUGCGUGGACCAGAGGCAACGUCCACAGACGUCCCCCUGCCGUGAACCACCGUUUUGCGUGCAGGCUGCUCUGCUCAGGCCUCGGCGCUCUGCGCGCAACAGCAACGCCGCGCCGCGGCCCCGAUCAGGAAGUGAAUUUGAAGAAAAUAAGCGAGUGUGUGGAGGUAGAAUGACAUAGAGGGGGAGAGGUGGGAGAGAAGCAAGCAGAGGAAGAAGAGACUCGCGGAGGGAGGGAUCGACCCCGGUUCUGGACCUGAAUUAAGCUGCUCCCCUCUGGGAUACACUCCAUCCUAAAAAUGCUCAUAAAGGAAUAUCGAGUGAUUCUUCCUAUUUCCGUUGAAGAGUACCAGGUGGGCCAGCUGUACUCUGUGGCCGAGGCCAGCAAGAAUGAGACGGGUGGAGGCGAGGGAGUGGAGGUGCUCAAAAACGAGCCCUACGAGAAGGAGGGGGAGAAGGGCCAGUACACGCACAAAAUCUACCAUCUGCAGAGCAAAGUGCCGUCGUUCGUCAGAAUGUUGGCUCCAUCUUCAGCCCUCAACAUCCACGAGAAAGCCUGGAACGCAUACCCAUACUGUCGCACCGUUAUUACAAACGAGUACAUGAAAGAUAACUUCCUGAUCAAGAUUGAGACAUGGCACAAACCUGACAUGGGGCACCUUGAAAAUGUGCACGGUUUGGAUGCAGAGACCUGGAAAAAGGUGGACGUCGUCUACAUCGAUAUCGCAGAAAGAAGCCAAGUGGAGCCAAAGGACUACAAACCAGAGGAAGAUCCCUGCAGGUACAAGUCAGCGAAGACGGGGCGAGGGCCCCUCGGCCCGGACUGGAAGAAGGACCUUCCCAAGAGGACAGACUGCCCACACAUGUGUGCCUACAAACUGGUCACUGUCAAGUUCAAGUGGUGGGGACUGCAAAACAAAGUGGAGAACUUCAUUCAGAAGCAAGAGAAGCGCCUGUUCACCAACUUCCACCGUCAGCUGUUCUGCUGGAUCGACAAGUGGAUCGACUUGAACAUGGAAGACAUCCGCCGCAUGGAGGAGGAGACGCGCAAGGAGCUCGACGAGAUGCGGGUGAAGGACCCAGUCAAAGGGAUGGUGGCUCUGGAGGACUGAGGCCGGGUCGGAGCGUGAAUGCUGCUGCUCAUCGGACCAGAACACCCUGACACCAGCGGAUUCACAUCCUCCCCCCUCGCCCGGACGCUCCAACCCCACCGCCCCUGGUAUAUUCUGGUUUUCAGGGACCUGGACCCAGUUAUCCUGCAGUUUUCCCUUGAGUACCAUCUAUAUGUUUUCUCGUCAUGUUAGGAACUGCUCUGAGGCCUCCAGUAGCAGUAGAGCUCAUCCGUCUGCUCCUCCUCCCAGUUUCUGAGCUGUUUUAAUCUACAGAGAAUAGUAUCAGCAAUUUAGGAUUUAUUUAUAUUUAAGAUAUUCUGAUGGUGUAUAUACAAUAUACAGUAUACUGAGGAGCUGAAUAAUUGUAUUAAAAUAUAUAAAUAUAUAUAUAAUAUAUAUAAACAGGGUUUUUAAAAUGAUUUGUCUGUAAGUUUGUCCGUGGAUGUUUAUUUUUCCGGCUCAAGCUGUAUCCGCUGUGUUUUUUUCUUUUGCUCACUUCCUCCACUUGUGUCAUACUUUAUGCAGUGUUCCCUCUUUGUCCUUGGACUCGAUUUGCAAUUCCACAAAGCGCAGCCGUCUGAGGGUUCCGCUGCUGAUACUGGAACCCUGACCUUUUUGCCGUAUCUCCCUUAAUAUGUUGCUUUUCUGCUGCUUUGUGAACUCUUGUGCGUGUGCACAUGCUGAUGUGUGUGUGUGUGUAUGUGUGUGUGUGUGUGUGUGUUUUGGUAGCAUCCGUCUGUAUUUUUCCCAUCCUUCUUUCACUGGACCAUUUCAUAUCUCCUUUCAUUUUAAAGGACUGAUCACACAUUCACAGAGAGACAGUAAUCUCGCGUAUCACAUGGCUUAAGGGCGGCACAGCACACUUUCCUUGACAGUUUACCAGAACAACCCUAAAUCUUUUUCGGUCUAAUGGUCCUUCUGUCGCAGAUCUUCCAGCCUUUCAGUGUAAAAGUCCUCAUGGCGGCAACACUGGCGACCUUCAUGGCCGCGCGGCUCCUCUUUCUUUGUGUAGAUAAAUUUAUUGUUCUAAACUUUACCCAAUUUGUAUGGAAUCGUGCCCCAUCACCCAUUCUGUCACACUCCAGUGGAUAAAUGGUCUUAUCCAGCGAUAGCAAUAACUACCAUGACAUGUUGGUCUCUUUUGUAUCAUGCUAAAUAUAUAUAUAUAUAUAUAUAUAUCCUACUCUGCCGUAUAUUUCUAUUGUGCAGUUUUAGUAAGAGCUCCAAGCUCAGAGUCAAGGAUGCUUGUUUGAUGACUUAGUCAAUGCUGGAUUUGUUGUGUUUCUCGUCGGGUGCGGCCGGUGUUCUGCUGCUGCUAUCUGCGUAUCUGUCAUAGGUGACUGUGUGCUUUUUGGUGCGUGCGCGACACACACGGGCGCCGUGCGCUAUCGUAGCUCGUCCCGGAGCCGAUCUGGUGCUGGCUGGUUGGAAAUAACCAGGGUAAAUGUGCGCAGCCCUUCGCUCCCCUCCGCGGCGGCCUCGCGCUUUCGAGCCAUUAUUUAUUAUUCCCACUGUUUGCUUCACAUCCGUCUCUACGUAUUUUUUACCACGAGGGAGAAGAAGCAGGAUCACUGCUACCACAUCAAGUCUUUAGAGCGACUAAAGCGCUGUAUAAUAAAAUAAAUCCAAAAUUCACCUUUUGGUUCUAGACCAUAAGCAUAAUAAGUAAGAAAUGGCAGUUUCUACACAGUUCUAUGAAUCAGUGGGAAGUAAGUUAUUCACACAAUCAUUUAAACUCCCAUGAAGGACUUUAAGCAUAUAGACCUUUUUUAAGACAUCUCCGAGCAUCUCACUGUCUGUGAUGGGGCUACCAGCUGAAUCGUGGAGAUUUGUGGAUGUACUCUAUGUAUUGACUUUGUAAAUAGUAAAUAAAUUAAAGAUGAACACACAUAUAUAUAGCUCAGACUGUCCUGCCAGGCCCACAGCACACCGGCCAGACUUCACAGCUCACCGCCGUAGACACGAGACGAGUCGCUCCAACGCGCUGGGUUCCUUUUGCAGCCGUGGAGCUGAGCUGCUGUUUGUAGCGGGUAAAAGUAAUAAAAAGCGCUCACUGCUUCCGCCCCCUUUUGCGCUCUUCCCCUCCAGGGAGCACAUCCCGGCGGCAGGACAGUGUAUAAGUAUAUAUUUUUGUUCUGAAUGUUGUUGUACCUCUGUUGUCGGUCUCUUGAACUACACUCGCGUCUCUCACUGAAAAGGAGCAAAUAACGGCAGCUCGGGUCACGUCGUCGAUGCACGUACUGGAUCCUCAGCGCCCGUCGGUGGCGAGGAUCAGGGGGAGGUUACGCAUUACGGAGCAGCUUCAAUCAGGUGCUGGUGGGUCAGGGCUUAAAGCUACACUGAAAAGAAAAUCAUUUGAAGAUAUCAUUUAAAUGUGUGAGAGAGCACAGUUUAACAGAGACAAUCUUAUAGAUAACCGUCGUUAGAUCCUUCGAUUUAUAAUGAAAGUAUGAAACCAAAUGAGUCCACAGUCCCAAAUGUUAAGUCUCUCUCUUUCUCUCUCCUUCUCCCCCCCACUCCUGAUAACCUGUCUCCUGUUUUCUUUUCUUUUAUUGUGAAUUUGUGCCUUUUUGUCAUCUUUUCUUCCAAUAACACUACUGUACAUUGGAGACAUAAAGAAACGAAUAAAAGAAGCAAAGCAACUGUACCUGGA